UGGGAGGGACGCUUUUGAAGAAACGCGUAUGGAUCUUUUCUGGUCCUCCCAGCUUUCCGUAGAUCUGUGUCACCAAUGCGGAAGUUUAAAUUCAAUAAAUCGGAGUUUCCUGGAAUUUGUCCUUUUAAUUUAACGCUACGACAAUAAAACUUUAAAGUUAACGAAUUUCAUGUUAGAGCAGGUAAAUUGUAUCUUUUAAUUUUGUAUUUUAUCACCUUAAAUUGUAGGAAGCGCCAUGUCGUUCGUGACGUUUCUAGCAUAAGUUUCUCAUUCAAAAAGUGUCCUGUCAACCAGCACGAUGAAAGUACGUUCGUCCGUCUUUGCCUCCACUAUCUUAAUACUCGAAGUGGUUGGCGUGGCCCUCUUCUUGCGGGGUUUUUUCCCUGUCCCCGUGAAGUCGUCUCUGUCCUCCAAGAACAAGCUGUCGGACCUGCCGCCAGAGCCGCUGACAGGAGGCCCUUCGAACGCGUCAGGGACCCCCAAGCCCCUAUUCAAACGGGUGGUUAUCAUGUUAGUGGACGCCCUCCGAGAGGACUUUGUGUUUGGUCCCAAUGGACGCAUGUUUAUGCCCUACACUCGACAUGUCAUCGAGAGGGGGUCGUCCCUCAGCUAUGUGGCCAAAGCCAGACCUCCCACUGUCACCAUGCCGAGAAUCAAGGCUCUCACCACUGGCAGCAUCCCAGGCUUCAUUGAUGUGGUAAUGAACCUAAAUUCUCCUGCACUGUUGGAAGACAACCUCAUUUGGCAAGCCAAAACAGCGGGGAAGAAGAUCAUCUUCUACGGAGAUGACACCUGGGUGCGCCUCUUUCCAAAGCACUUCAUGGAGCAUGAUGGCACCACGUCCUUUUUCGUCUCCGAUUACACCGAGGUUGACAACAAUGUAACCCGUCACUUGGACAGCACACUUAAGAGGGAUGACUGGGAUGUUUUGAUUCUCCACUAUCUGGGCCUGGACCACAUUGGUCACAUCAGUGGCCCUCACAGCUCACUCAUUCAGCCUAAACUCCUGGAGAUGGACGACAUCCUGAAGAAAAUCCACGGAGCUCUUGUUUCAAAGGAGGCAGAUGGAUCUUUGCCAUACUUGCUGGUUCUGUGUGGAGACCACGGAAUGUCAGAGACCGGCAGCCACGGAGGCUCUUCGGAACCAGAAAUCAACACGCCUCUGGUGCUCAUAAGUCCGAUCUUCAAAAGAAAAGCUGAAAUGGAGAAGCCUGGUGUGGUGGAGCAGGUUGACCUGACACCAACGCUGGCUCUGGGACUCGGCUUACCCAUCUCUCAGAACAGCGUGGGUCAUGUCAUCCCUGGCGUUUUGGAGGAAUCCUCUCUCCGGGAGCAGCUGCGCUUCUUGCAUCUUAAUGGCCACCAGCUCAGCUGCCUGCUCAAGGACAGCACGCCCGAGUACGAGAAAGAGACAGGAUUCGAGCAGUUCCGUGUGGCAGAAAAGGCUCAUGGAAGUUGGAUGAAGCUCUACCUGGAGGGAAACACUUCGGAGGUGCUCACCAACAUGGGCAAAAAGGUCCUGAAGCAGUAUCUGGAGGCUCUGGCUGCCAUGAGCUCUGCUUUGAGCAAACAGCUGGGCAAAUAUGACAUGUACUCCAUGAUUGCAGGAAUGGUCUUUGUAUUUCAGCUCCUGUUAGUCUUACUCCUGGCUAUGCCUGAAGCCCUCAGUGGAUCAGCAUCGGUGGACCUCCCGGUUCUCUCAUCGCUGCUCUCCCUGCCUUUCUACCUCUUGUGCCUGUUUCUUGCAUCAGUGCACGUCUUGGUGUGCACAUCAGCAGAGAGCUCCUGUUACUUCUGCAGUCUGUCAUGGGGCCUCGUCUUCGCUGCUGUUGCCUUCUCCUCCGCCAUGUUUUGCAUCCUGAUCUCUUUGGCAAGACGGAGACUCCCCUUUGGAUCUCAGUUUCACGGAAAAUCUCCACAGAUCAGCUCCGGAAGUGAAUGGAUGCUGUCAGAGUUGGACGUCUUGCUGCUGGCUGGCACCGUCGGACACACGCUCAGCUUGGCCGCCAGCAGCUUCGUUGAAGAGGAGCAUCAAACCUGGUAUUUCCUGCUCAACACCCUCUGCCUCACCGUCUUCCAAGACGUUUGCCGCAAGUACUUCAGGGAGCAGCGCGGCUCUGGAGACGAGGAGGAGCCAAUCCUCUCCAAAAAGAGCCAAACGUUCUCUCACUCCGGCUCAGACAUUUACUCUGAGAAGUGGCUCGCUUUGGCCACGCCCCCAUUCACGCUGCUGUGCUGCAGACUUCUGCGUUCCCUCAACCAAACUGGAGUUCAGUGGGCUCAUCUUCCCGAUGUCGGCCAUUGGCUUAAUAGCUCUGAACAUAAGGUGAUCCUGUCCCUGCUGUCAGCUUUCUGUUUGGGUCUCAUCUACCUGCUGGUUCAAAGACGAUGCUCGUGGGUCUCCAAGGUGGCGCUGGCUUUUGGACUCGUUGGUGUCUACAGCUACAGGGCAGCUGUUGGCAAUGUCCUGUUUCCCUGGCAACACUCUUCUCGAACUACAUCCAAGGGAACAGUGGAGGCCCGCUUCGUUUACGUCUUCAUUCUGGGGAUCCUCUUCUCCGGCACCAAAGACCUCCUGCGGUCUCAAAUCAUCACUGCAGACUCCAAGUUGAAGAGCAAGGGAUUAUGGGAGAUUUACAGCGGCCUGGUUCUGUUGGUUUCCCUCCUGUUUCGAGCUCACAACCUGCCAGUGCUUUGCUGCUGCCUGUUGAUCCAAACCCUCAUGGCCCAGUUCAUCUGGAAGAAGCUCCACUACGAUGCAGCUCAGACCACCAUCAUGCACUACUGGUUUGGUCAAGCCUUCUUCUACUUUCAGGGCAACUCCAACAACAUCGCCACGGUGGACAUUUCCGUGGGCUUCGUGGGUUUGGAGAGCUACGUCGAGGCGCCCGCCGUCUUCCUCACAGCCCUCAGCACCUACGCCGGCCCCCUGCUGUGGGCGUGUCACCUCGUCUGCUACUUAAGUUCAGAGAGAGACAGGAGUCCAGUCGCCGUCGGACACGGCUGCUACUGUCUGGCCCUCCUCAGGUCCGUGCCGGCGGCGGCCUACAUCGUCCUGGUCACCGUCCUGCGCUACCACCUCUUCAUAUGGAGCGUCUUUUCCCCCAAACUCCUGUACGAGUCCAUGCAUCUCCUGCUGAGUGCAGGAGUCUGCCUCUUCUUCAUCACCAUGGAGCAGACGCAGCCCAAGUGAGGCUCUGUCGGAAAAUGGUUAGAACUCCUGCUCCUCUUUUGUCCUUUCUAUCCCAAAGUUUGACUUUCUAAAAAGUUGGAGUUUGUAUGAUUGUGAAGAAAGUUUGAGUCAUGUAUUUAAAUAUUUCCCAAAAUGGGAAAAGAGUGAAUAAAUGCGGGAAACGUGUGAAA